CUGGCGGCGGGGGAGGCGGUGCGGCCGUCUAGGUCUCAGCCCACUCCGCACGGUCCCGGCGUCGGCUCCGGAGGGACCCUGGGCAGGUCUGCGCCCUCUUCGAUCCUUAUUGAAUCAGUGCUUUACACUAUAACUCAAUGCUCUCCAUGAAGCUGAGAUAUGCCCACUGUUGAGAGUGAAGCAAAGGUGAAGACCAAAGUUCGCUUUGAGGAAUUGCUUAAGGCCCACAAUGAUCUAAUACGUGAAAGAAGAAAACUGAAGAAAAAAAUUGGCAAAUCUGGAGAAAAAAUCUCACUUGAUGCAGUCAGAAGCAAUCUUCAGAAAAUCAGAGAAACUAAAAGUGAUGAUAUAAGUGCUGCUAACACUAAGAACCCAGGGAAGAACAUGCGAGUCACUAAAAACAAACCAAGAGAUCCGCAGCCAGCAACUGAAGAUCCAGAUAAUGAUGUUACUGUGGAGGACGACAAGCAAGAAAAGGCAAAUAAAAAGGUUAUAAAAACAGCACUCCAGGUGACAACACAAGAAGUGGAGCCGGAAACUCCUGAGAAGAAGGUGGAUGCAACACCCCAGAAAGCACGGACCAAGCCACUGCCAGGUGUCACUCAUGAGAAAAGUGAGAAGGCCGAGGAAGGAGAAAAUAGUUUAGAUGAGGAAGAACUGAUGCAAGUAUACCAGCUCCAAGUAGCUGAAGAAAUGGCAAAGGAGAUUAAGAAGAAAAUCCGAAAGAAACUCAAGGAGCAGUUGGCUUACUUUCCCUCAGAGACUUCCUUUCCUUCAGAUACUUCAUUGUAUGAUGACAAAUUGAACGGUGAAAAAAGAAAAAAGAAAAAAAAGAAAGUUCCAGUCCUGUCUAAAUCUGAAACAAGUACAUUGAUCAUCUCUGAUGACCCAGUUGAAGGUGAACAAAAGAAGGAAUCUCCAGUUGGAGCAGUUACUUCAGAUUCUCAUCAAGAUGAUGAAAUAAGCUCAAAGGAACAAAAUGUAGAAGACAAUGUGCAAGAUGAUGCAAAAUCCAAACCGAAAAAAAAGAAGACGACUAAACCAGUUUCAGAUGAUAAUGAAGACACUGAUGGUGACGGUGUUCAUGAAAUAACAAGCCGAGAUAGUCCAGUUUAUCCCAAAUGUUUGCUUGAUGAUGACCUUGUCCUGGGAGUUUACAUUCACCGAACUGAUCGGCUUAAGUCAGAUUUUAUGAUUUCUCACCCGAUGGUGAAAAUUCAUGUGGUUGAUGAGAAUACUGGUCAAUAUGUCAAGAAAGAUGACAGUGAACGGCCUGUUUCAUCUUACUAUGAAAAAGAGAAUGUGGAUUAUAUUCUUCCUAUUAUGACCCAGCCUUAUGACUUUAAACAGUUAAAAUCAAGACUUCCAGAGUGGGAAGAACAAAUUAUAUUUAAUGAAAACUUUCCCUAUUUGCUUCGAGAUUUUGAUGAGAGUCCUAAAGUCAUCCUGUUCUUUGAGAUUCUUGAUUUCUUAAGCAUGGAAGAAAUUAAGAACAGCUCUGAAAUUCGAAACCAAGAAUGUGGCUUCCGGAAAAUCGCCUGGGCAUUUCUCAAGCUUCUAGGAGCCAAUGGAAAUGUAAACAUCAAUUCGAAACUUCGCUUGCAGCUGUAUUACCCACCCACAAAGCCUCGAUCCCAAUCAAAUGUCGUUGAGGUUUUUGAGUGGUGGUUAAAAUGUCCAAGAAAUCGUUAUCCAUCAACGUUGUAUGUAACUGUAAGAGGAUUAAAAGUUCCAGAAUGUAUAAAGCCAUCUUAUCGUUCUAUGAUGGCUCUUCAGGAAGAAAAGGGUAAACCAUUGUAUUGUGAACAACACCAUGAGGCACGUUCAGUAGACACAGAACCUGGAUUAGAAGAUUCAAAGGAAGUGGUGAAGUGGAAACGACUGCCUGGGCAGGCUUGCCGUAUCCCAAACAAGCACCUCUUCUCACUAAAUGCAGGAGAGCGAGGAUGUUUUUGUCUUGCUUUCUCCCACAAUGGAAGAAUAUUAGCAGCAGCCUGUGCCAGCCGGGAUGGGUAUCCAGUUAUUUUAUAUGAAAUUCCUUCUGGACGUUUCAUGAGAGAAUUGUGUGGCCACCUCAAUAUCAUUUAUGAUCUUUGCUGGUCAAAAGAUGAUCGCUAUAUUCUUACUGCAUCAUCUGAUGGCACUGCCAGGAUAUGGAAAAAUGAAAUAAACAAUACAAAUACUUUCAGAGUUUUACCUCAUCCUUCUUUUGUUUACACGGCUAAAUUCCACCCAGCUGUAAAAGAGCUGGUGGUUACAGGAUGCUAUGAUUCUGUGAUACGUAUAUGGAAAGUUGAUAUGAGAGAGGAUCCUGCCAUAUUAAUCCGACAGUUUGACGCUCACAAGAGUUUUAUCAACUCUCUCUGUUUUGAUAUUGAAGGUCAUCACAUGUAUUCAGGAGACUGCACAGGGGUGAUUGUUGUUUGGAGUACGUAUGUCAAAGUUAAUGAUGUGCAACACUCAGUGCGUCACUGGAGUAUGAAUAAGGAAAUUAAAGAGAGUGAGUUUAAGGGGAUUCCAAUAAGUUACUUGGAGGUUCAUCCCAAUGGAAAACGUUUGUUAAUUCAUACCAAAGACAGUACUUUGAGAAUUAUGGAUCUCCGAAUAUUAGCAGCAAGGAAAUUUGUAGGUGCAGCAAAUUAUCGAGAGAAGAUUCACAGUACUUUGACACCAUGUGGGACUUUUCUCUUUGCUGGAAGUGAGGAUGGUAUAGUAUAUGUUUGGAACCCAGAAACAGGAGAACAAGUAGCAAUGUAUUCUGACCUGCCAUUCAAGUCACCCAUUCGAGAUAUUGCUUAUCAUCCACUUGAAAAUAUGGUUGCAUUUUGUGCGUUUGGGCAGAAUGAGCCAAUUCUUCUAUAUAUUUAUGAUUUCCAUGUUGCCCAGCAGGAGGCUGAAAUGUUCAAACGCUACAAUGGAACCUUUCCAUUACCUGGAAUACACCAAAAUCAAGAUGCUUUAUGCAUCUGCCCUAGACUGCCUCAUCAGGGCUCUUUUCAGAUUGAUGACUAUGUCCACACUGAAAAUUCUUCAAUGAAGAUGCAGCAAGUGAAACAGAGGAUCGAUUCUGUCACAGAGGUGAUACGAGCCUGUGCUGCAAAGGUUAACAAAAAUCUCUCAUUUACUUCAGUAUCAGCCUCCUCACAACAGUUGAAGUCAAAACAAUCAAACGUGCUGGACGCUCAUCAGAUUCUGCGUCAGUUUGGUUUCACUCAAACUGGGAUUAUCAGUAUAGAAAGAAAGCCUUGUAACCACCAUGUAGAUACAGCACCAACGGUAGUGGCCCUUUAUGACUACACAGCGAAUCGAUCAGAUGAACUAACCAUCCAUCGCGGAGACAUUAUCCGAGUGUUUUUCAAAGAUAAUGAAGACUGGUGGUAUGGCAGCAGAGGAAAGGGACAGGAAGGUUAUUUUCCAGCUAAUCAUGUGGCUAGUGAAACACUGUAUCGAGAACAGCCUCCAGAGGUAAAGGAGCGAUCCCCUCCUUUAACCCCUAAGGAAAAAGCCAAAAUGGAAAAAGCUUUUUCAGCUCCACAAAAGGUGGGAGUGUCCUGGAACCAAUCCCCCUUGGAUACUGAGGGCCAACUGUACAUACAUGUAUUUAAGCAGUCAUUCAAGUCCCAGGAUUUCAGACCGGGCUCAGAGUCUAUGACACAUUCUGAGGUGGGCAGAGAACAGAGCCUUGAGGACCACAGACACAUCAUGGAUGUGCAGGGGAAGAAGAACGAGCAAACUGGCCGGAAAGUCACCCUCAUAGAGUAAAGAGCUGAAGAAGAAUGAAGGGGCAAGGAACCAAAUAUACAGAAAUGAAAUGACAAAUUAAACCAAAUGGAAUUUCUCUUCAGAGUUCAGAAAUUUCAGAUGGCCAGGAAGAAAGGAAGGCUCUACUAUUUCUUAUCCUUAUGAAAGAAUCUAGAAAAAUCAGAAGCAAGGAAUCGAUUCUGUGGACUCAAACUAACACAUGGACAGUAACAUUUUAUUCAAGAAACAGUAUCCCAGUCACAUAAGAGAAAAUAAAAACAUCAAGAGUCACGUCAAUCAAAAGGCUCUGUUGAGUGGCAAACUCAGUCUGUGGAUGGACCCAAUUAUCUGCAGGCGAACUGAAUGUCAGCAUCAUUUAGGGUUAACAAUGGACCAGCUAGGCAAAAGCAGACAGCUACUCUCUGCAGAGACCCGGAAAGCAAACUUGGUAAUGAGGUCUGGCAAACUGAAACAUCCAAUACACUUGCGACAGACAAACUAGAGUUGCUGCAAAUCCUACAGUCCCAUGAAGUAAAGCCUGGCGCAUUUCCUUUGGAAGGUCGGAGUUCCUCGGACUACAAACAAGAGGACACAAGGGAGAGUGGGAACCUUGAAUCUGGAAGUUUUCAUGAGAAGGGAAAGGUUCCAGGUGGUAAAGAAUAGGAUGGGUCUUGCUCAGCAGAAACAGAGAACAGUCUUCAACAAAAUAGUUUUAUCAAAAAUGAAUCUCAUGCACCCCAAUAUUCAUUGCAGCACUAUUUACAAUAUCCAAGACAUGGAGCAGCCUAAAUGUCCGUCAGCAGAUGAAUGGAUAAAGAAGAUGUGGUACAUAUGCACAAUGGAAUAUUAGUCGCCCAUAAUAAAGAAUGAAAUAAUGCCAUUUGCAACAACACGAAUGGACCUAGAGAUUAUCAUACUAAGUGAACCAAAAUUGUUUGCAGUGCCCCACACCUGACUUCCAGCUGGUUCUUGUAUUCAGGCACAAACAAAAGCAAGACAAACACACACUGCAUCUGUACUUUGAAACAGCCUCAAUUCCAGGUGGUUGAAAGGACUCCCUGGGGCACCUGAAACUCAGGUGGGACCAUAGCAGUGUUUCAAGCCCAGCCCACCUGUAAUUCCCCUUUCCUCAAGGCUGCCAGGCAGUCAAGAGCUGGGUGUGCAGAACUGGUGACUCGAGUUCUAUCAGGUGUCAGCCUCUGGCACGUGCAGUGGCAAGAGGCAGGCUGAUCCUCCAAAACGUCUUCAGCCUGCGCUUCACUGAGGUCACAGCCCGAGGACCUCACGUGUCCCCAUCCAUUUCCCAAAGAGCAUUUUCCUCCGGACUGAAGGGGAAAAUCCAGCUUCCUGAAGUAGCGUGUGCAGCAGGCGAGCUAGGGAGCCUGCCUUCUGGUGACCAGGGUGCUCAGCCAUUCCAGGCCAGGUGUGGGUGCCUGGUGGGUCUCAGUUCUCCCCGUCACUGCUUCCCAUUUCCUUGCAGUGCCAGUGGACCUCGAGGCAUGUCUAAACUGCCAUCACAGGCUUUCUUCGUCACUGAUUUACAACAUCAGCCAAAUAAUCAUCUGGCAAGAAGAAGAAGAUAACACGGCGUGCUUAACAAGAAGGUAAUGUGUGUGAGUGUUUAGGUAGUCGCUAAUUAUUUUCUGACUGGAGAACCAGAUAGACUGUGGCAACGCUGUUUCUAACCCCACUGCUUUAACACUUUCCUAAGUGGACAAAUGGAUGUGAAUCAGAAAGGAGGGUAAAGUGAGG